AUGGCAGGCUUACACUCAGAGAACAUCUCCCUCUUGUCGACCAAGCUUCUCGGCACGGCGGCCGGGGUCUCCUCUAUGGACAAGAGCACCUGCGUCUUCUGCAAGCGGCGGGCUGUCCCGCUGCCCUCGGACCCCCGCGCGCCGGUUUUUGCCUUCUUUUCACUUGUGGACUGUCGCCACUACGCGUGCCAGCCGUGCGCGUUGGUGAACUGCGACAACGCAGGCCGAUUCAUCACCUGCCCGAAGUGUCAUUGCAUGUCACGACUGGCGCAGAGCGGGCGAAAGCGAACGGCCUCGGGGGCCCCCGGGCGUGGGCGAAACAACCACGGCGAUACCGAGUCGCGCGUCCCACUCGACGAUGGGGUUUCAUCCAUUCUCUCUAGGGCCUCCGGUUCGAAGGGGGUGCCACGGAGUGCGAUGAAGAAACUUUCCACAACGAAGCGUUCGAGCUCGGUUCAGUUCCAGACGAAUAUAACUGCGUCAACCACCAAAUUAGACGACGCGUCUGCCGUGAAGGAAACCCGGGAGGCUCCUUUAUUAACACAAGAUGCAGUUGAGUCUCUCCCAGUUGAUCCCAACCUAUUACGUUCCCGGCAGAAGCUUCGCGAGAAUCAACAUUCUAAUGGAUUGGUGGCGGAAAAGUCUAUCAACUUGUACAACAUCGCUGGUGCAGCACAAAAGCAGUCGAAGAGGCGCUCUCACUCGGAACCGGUCCCACAGCUGCCAAAGAAAAUGUUCGAUGCUCCACCAAAACAAUCCGUGCCACCCAAGCUGUUAUCACUGUUGAAAAUACACACGAUUGAAGAGGAUGAUCAGCAAACGCAAGCUUUAUCGUCUGAAACGGUAUCUAGGACCGUAACUAAAGAUCGUGAUUCCAUCUAUUCGACAGCCAUGGCGAUGCAACAGGGUGACACUAAGGAUCCUAUUGAAAACGCUCUCCAAGAAGGAAUCGUGACAUUUGCUUCUGAUUCUGAGACCAUUCCUUUGAAAAGUAUAACUGAUUCGCAAUCCGAUGAAACAAUACAAAAUGAAAAAGUAAGUGAGGUAGAGGAGAUAAUUCUGGAAAAAGUAAGUCUGAAAGCUGAGAUUACAAAUCCAGAGAUCGAUGCCCAACAACGUCGACAAGUAGAAAAAGAAGAUGAAGAAUCACUUCAGCGUGAAUAUGACGCUCAGUUUGAAGCCAUCAUAUGCGGAGAAAUAGAAGGCCGUAAUGUGAUAGAGUUGACCCAAAAACAUCGUUUCACUGGGCUUGAAACAGCACAUGAGGAACAAUGGAUUGACUUGUACGCCAGGCGUGGAUUAGAGGAAGAGUUUGAUAUUAGUCCCCGCACACCAGGUAUACCCUUUGUCGACUUCUCAGAUCAAGUGAGCGAUAUGUCCGAUGACGAGUCACUGCGCCGCUCGGAAGGAAGGAACAGCGACCGUAGCAUAAAAACACGUCAAGAAAUGGGGCCCUCUUCAACCGAUAAAAUCCAACCACAUGUUGCCUUAGAGCCUACAGAAGCCAGAAGCCAAAGUAGACCAAGGAGCAACAGCAAACGCUCUCGCAGCUUAAGUAGCAUCGAGGGUCACACAAGCAGACACUCACAUAAAGGCACACGAAAAAGUUCUUCUAAACUAAAGGCAGAAGUUAAACAGGCAGAAUUGGAAAAGCAAUACAUCGACCGACAAGUGACGCUUACUGGACAACAGGAGCUUAUCGAGAGAGAGGCCAUCGUGCGUACAGAGAGAACGGUGCGUUCCCAGUAUGCAGAUGCCCGGCGCCAGAUUGAGGAGUCUUUAACCCAGCAUACCCUGCAGGUCACACACCGAGCCCAAUGGGAGAAGCUUUCCAGGCUUGAGCGGGAUGGCCGCAGCGCGGUAGAGGAAGCUGAAACUGGGGGACGUGGCUGUUUGGUUGUGGACGAGCGCAGCAGUCGCGUUAUGGCAACUACACACAAAGCGGAGCGCUUGCAGAGGGAUCGCGACCGCCUGCGAGCCGAAAAGGAUGCGAGGCGGUUUGCGGAACUUCUGGAGAAGAUGGUCCUACACGAGGAACCCGUUGAGCGACUACAGGUUAUCGCCCAGGAGGCUCGUGCGAGAGAACUAUUGGCAACCGAACGGGAGCUCUCUCCGACGCGUGUUCGUGACGUCAUUAAUCGUCGUACAUCUGAGCUUGAGGAGGCGCGUGAACGUGAACAGCAGACACACCGCAUGGCUAUGCAGACAGAGGAACUAUACCGCGAUGAGAACGACGAGAGGUUCGAUUUGCGAGAAAGCGAGCGGCGUGAGCGUCGACAAUUAUACGCACUUGCAUCCAGUACCAUUCACGCACCUGUUAUAUUGCCGACAGAAACAAGCGCCAGUCAUGACAGUCUAGCACCUGCAAUGCUCUUUGGACCCGUUGCAGCACGGAACUUUGGCCCAGGACACGUGCCUGAUUUGACAGGGUUGAACAGCGCACCCUUGGCUGACGCGGAUUUAAUAAAACGUCUUAAAGAGUCUGAGGAGAGAGUUCUAGAGGCCAAUAUGCGCCUAUGUGAAGCGGAGAAACGUCUGCAGGAGGAGGCCCGUAUUCGUGCUAGGGCUGAGGCUGAUCGCCAAGUUGUGGAAGAGAAAGCUAAAACUAUCCUGGAAGAUGUUGAGCGCGCUGCUGAAGAUCGUAUCCGUCGCCUGCGUGACGAAAUGACUAUCAACAUGCCCCUACAACUUCAAAAUUCAGGGAACUUAAAUUCUCAUAGCGCCGAAUAUGAAUCUACUUUACAGAAAGUUCGUGAGGAGGAGAACCGUCUGAUGUUAGAAGCGAAGUUGCAAGCUGCAGAGCGGACUUUGGAAGAGUCACAGAAUCGAGCAUUGGAGGAAAUCCGAAUGGCUCGUGAGGAGGCCGAUUUGCAGGCUGCUGCCCAUGCUUCCAAUAUUCAACGCCAGGCCCGCAAACGUGAGGUAGAGCACGUGGAAAGACAACAAACUAAGCAUUUCUUACGUGUUGCGAAGCAUGAAGAUGAACGUCGAGAGGCCAAAAAGAAGUUGCUACAGCUUGAGUAUCGAAUGAAUGUUGCGAUUCGUAAGACCAAAGAAGAAGCACAACAAGCGGCAGAAGAGCUUAAUGCCCGAAUGGAGGAGCUUCGGAAGCGACAGGAGGAGCGAUCGGCUGAAAUACGCGAGGCUCAUGCUCAUGUACUUCAGGCGCGUGAAAAUAUCCGUGAAUUCAACUCUAUUAGCAGCACGUCCACGACUAAUGCUACACCAAUAAGUUGCACUCCAAUAAAACAUUCCAUGCCGGCGCAGAUGCAACAUAUGACUUUAAUGGGGGCGCCACCAUCCACCAAGGGCGCUCCUGACAUGCUAUCUUCAGAUGAAGAAGUUGAGCUGAGGAACAAACAUUUACACAUCAAGCAACAACGACGGCAGAGUAACUUGUUGGUAUUAUCAUCUAGUAAACAUCCGGAACAACAACAGCCAAGCUACUCUGUAUCGGCUUCCUUUUCUAACCCCCAUCAACAGCCUUUACUUACAAAAAGAAGCGAUUAUAAGCUUUUUAUGCGUAUCGCUAUCCAUGAAGCAGUUCGUGAGAUUCUUGCUGCACGUAAACAAGGUCGUGAGCUGCGUGAAGAAGCCUCCCGGCGGCUCCAGCGUAGCGAUCGUCGGUACCACCGUUACUUGGCACAACGUGAUGAAUCUGAGUCCAACCUCUUUGAGGCGGAAACAUCAUAUUCGCAACUUUCGGGGUCCAUAAUAAUUUCGCCAUACACACCCCUUAAUGUAAGUGCUGAGGAAAAGGUGGCUGUUGACGUGAAGCAGCGAAAUCAUGCAAUGCGUCGAGGUCACCAUGAUCAUUUACCCCAGGAAAAUUCUUACAAAGAUAAUCAUCACCACAACAAAAAGGUUAAGAAUCAAUCGUUGGUAUCGAGAAACUCCGAGGACGAUUUAUUGCUACGUUCCUCUGUGGUACCAGGGGUUUGUCGCCGUUUGCAAGUCACGGCGACCUAUCCACCGGAGCAACUCUCUCAACCCGAUGAUCCCAACCACGAUAAUCACCCACAACCUAUUUCCUUUACUUCAAAAAGGGGAAAUGUCGCCGUUACCUCGCCAGAGAUUCAUGACACCAAAGGGGAAAUUCUUCCCAACAAGACGCAUAGCAGCCGUUCAAAAAAGGACUCAUCGGUUGGCUCUAGCCAUCCCUUCGAUCAGCCCUCGAAUGCGAACAAAAUGGGUCGGUCAACCGAGACGCAGACAAGCUUGUGUUUGAGCCCACACACUCCUGCUCUGGAGAGGUCGUUAGAAGGCACCCAGUCAUCCGAUGGGCCCAAAACAGUUCCCAAGACCUUCGAUGCCUUUUUCGUACCGCUGUACAACGGCAGCGGGGAACCACGCCGGCCGAAGCCACCGGUACCCCGCAACUACGUGCCGAACAAAGCCCUAAGGAUGGCAUCAUUGGCCCCGUUAAACUUUGGAAGAACACGACUGGGGAGCAAACCACCACGCCGUGAAACGUCUGGACCGAUUCGCACGAAAGGACGGAACAGACUUUCAAAUGCACCGGAGAGGAAACCAGAACGACAACCACAAAGGUCGAAGUCACGCAACUCAGGGUCCAUUGUCCGGCCUACAAUCCUGAAGGAGUCACUCAACCCUAUCCAGCAAGUGGUCUCUUCGCGAAGGCGGAUGUCAAAUCCAUCUCAUGGCGCCACAAACGCACCCAAUAUUCGGUUUGAGUAUUCGAAAGAAACUAUGUCUCAGCCCUCGCCACGCGUUGCUUGUGGUUUUCAAGAAUCGUGGAAAGAGCGGCCUUCUAUUCACCACAGCACAGAUUACUAUGACAAUAAAGAUGAUAGUGAAGCGGGUGAUGGGAUAUCCAAAGACAUCUACUAUUAUAGACAUGAUAAUCUCAAUAAUACGGAGUUGCGGUCUCAACGGGGUCAGCCAAAAGAGACGAGAACGGUCACACCAUCACAUCAAGUGCAAGGACCAAGAAAAAGGGAGAAGAACACGACUGAGAUGAUGCCGUCGUACGAUGACGACAUCUUAGUGGAGAAUCGUUCGGGCAGGAGGAACAAAGAUGAAAUGGAAAAUGUAUUUUACCCUAAUCAUCAGUUCUCGAAAGAGGAUAGUGAACUAGAAGAGAUUAUCCCUUUCAGCUAUAUUCAAGUCAGCCAUCUGAGGAGUUCCGCUAGACAAACUACUUCCUACCGUUCUUCAGGCAAACCUGUUUCGGCCUACUUUCCAGAUACUACAACAGCGCCGCCAUGCCGGGCGGUAGGUACGGCUUCUGGGAUGGUGAGCACUCCACCAAUAAGUCGGUGUAGGGAAGACCGGCAGAACAACUUGAAAGGAUUCCGCAACCCACCAGAGCAGCAGUGUCUACCAAAUUCAAAUAUGCCGUGUGGUUAUGAAGAACCGGUAAAGUGGACCAACAUAUGUGCGUUUGACGACCGAAACUGCAGACAGCGUACGACUUCGUACUUUUCACGAUCCACACCGACCUUAGAUGAGCUGGACUAUCGGCUAAAGCAGCUUCGCAACGAAUCUAUCUUAAAGGAGGCCAAACGUAGCCUUCAAACUAGCUCAGCUUCCCUCACUGAGACGACAGGCAAUUUAGUAUCUGGGAAAACACAACCUUCACGAAAACGCAGCUUGAGUGGCUCCUGUAGGUUCCAGCGUUGCGAGCAAAAAGCAUCCACAACAAUGUGCAUGCCGCCGUGGCGCACGGAAUACAACUCAUCUCCGAUAAAACCUCUGUGGAGCGUUGAGCAACCACACUCGACGCUAUGUUAA